AUAUAUCCAUUACAUGAAGCUUUAUUGGAGAUGCACCGGCGAAUACACGAGUAGAGGUUGAUACGAAACGAGGAGCGUUUGGUGAAAAAUAUUGGAAAAAUAUGAGAUUUUCUGAUAAAACUUUUUAUUCAGAUGAAUUAAAAAAAUUAAAAGAUAAAAAUAUCCCAGUUCAUACAUUUUAUUUAACUAAUUCUGCGAAAAAUAAUUUUGAAGCAAUUGCUAAAGAAACACAAGGACGAUGUGAAUCACUUGAUAUUCGUUCUAGUGCAGGAAUCAUAGCAUUAACACAUUAUGUUACUGAGGAAGUUCUUAGAAAAGCAGCUGGAAGUCAAGGAGAUGAGGCUGUUAAGUUAUAUAGAGAGAUAUAUGGAAAAACAAGUUUUACAUCUUAG